GCCGUGACGUCAUAGUGUAAACACCCGUAUGUGCUCGCAGCUUUCAGUCUGAACCAUGGAUGUAUUAAGAGUACAGUCCGGACCGGUGCGCAGCACACAGUGGAAACAUGUCGGGAAGGAGAGAGCCCAGCGGAGGAAUUUCGUUUAUUAAAUGUACACUUCAGACAUAAACUGACCGUUAAUCAGUCCGUGCGCACGGUGGCGUUUUAGCCGAGUUAGCAACUGCUGUACUGGGGCCACGUUACUAUUUCACGGGAGCGGGCCAGUCGGGAGCGAAUGGACGGAUAAAGACAGAAAGCCGGGGAUUGAUUAGAAGAAAGUAGCCUAGCAGGCAGGCAGGGGGCAGAGGGGUCGGGUAGAGAGAGGGGAGACAGCGUGUGCGUGCUCACAAAACGGGGUAGCUGCUUGCUAGGGGAUGUUAUCCGUACUGUCUUAUGGCAGACUGGUAGCCAGGGCUGUCCUGGGCGGACUCUCUCAGACGGACGGUCGGGACUACAGCCUGGUCACCGCCAGUUAUGGCUUCGGUAAAGACUUUCGCAAAGGGAUCCUGAAGAAAGGGAUGUGCUACGGAGAUGAUGCCUGCUUCAUUGCGCGGAACAGGAACGCCGAUGUUUUGGGUGUUGCAGAUGGCGUUGGUGGUUGGCGUGACUAUGGUGUCGACCCGUCUCAGUUCUCCGCCACAUUAAUGAGAACCUGUGAGCGACUGGUGAAGGAGGGACGCUUUACUCCCAGUAGUCCAGUGGGUAUCCUGACCUCUGGCUACUAUGAGCUUCUACAGAAUAAAGUUCCCCUGCUAGGGAGCAGCACAGCCUGUAUUGUGGUUCUGGAUCGGCGGAGUCACCGGCUACACACGUGUAACCUAGGGGACUCAGGUUUCCUGGUGGUUCGGGGAGGAGAGGUGGUUCAUCGCUCAGACGAACAACAGCACUAUUUUAACACGCCCUUCCAGCUGUCAAUCGCUCCUCCUGGAGCUGAAGGGGUGGUGCUCAGCGACAGUCCUGAAGCAGCUGACAGCUCCUCCUUCGACGUGCAGCUCGGUGACAUCAUCUUGACGGCAACCGACGGCCUGUUUGACAACAUGCCAGACUACAUGAUUCUUCAGGAGCUCAAAAAACUCAAGACCACCAACUAUGACAGCAUCCUGCAGACUGCACAGAGUAUUGCAAGGCAAGCUCACAACCUUGCCUACGACCCCAAUUAUAUGUCCCCUUUUGCACAGUUUGCGUGUGACAAUGGCCUGAAUGUAAGGGGAGGGAAGCCAGAUGAUAUCACGGUGCUGCUGUCCAUUGUGGCUGAAUAUGCAGACUAAAAGAGAGUGUGUGUGUGUGUGUGUGUGUGUGUGUGUGUGUUUCUCUGGGGCUGAUCCUCCCUUCCCCAUCUGCCUGAGUCUUCCACCUGCAGCCUUCCCAAAAAUGCACUGCAUCCUGUGGGCUAACACUGGAGGCCCACCAACACGACACACACUCCUCGCUGCGAAACCGACUUCCACCCGUGUACAGUUUUUGUUUUCUUCCUCCGUUUUUGUUUUGGUGCUUGAACGAUUGAGGGGAAGCAGGCAGCUAGGACAUUGUCAUGUUGAGCAUGAUGCAGAAGGAUUUGAGUACGACAGGCUGAGGGAUCCCUUUCAGUGUCCCGUGUCUCAUUGUGUGGCAUCAACACUUUCUUUUCUUUCUUUUUUUAUAGGUGAUGUGACUGAGAGACAGUUCAGAGCCUUCAGUCAAACAGUUUGGAUUGACUGAGGGCUUUAAAACCUGGUAGCCCCUGUGUAUAAAAUGUGAUAUCAUAAGAGGAGUAUGCCAAGGUUUUGGAUUCUUGGGAGAGUAGUGAUAGACUUGACUACUGAACCCAGGUAGCUGCCUCUGUUGUUCCAGUUUUUAGUCUGUUCCUUGUAAAUGUGUUUGAACAAAGCAUGUAGAUGGACUGAGGAAGCUGAUGUUGGGAAUGGAUGGGUGUUAUUAGAGAAUGGGAUUUAAGAAUUGGGUUUGGGACUGUAAACGAUCGAAGAGCUGACUAGUAAUUGCUCAGAUCAAAGAAACCUGUAAAGGGAAACCAUAACAUUUUUUUUAGAGCUUACAUGUGAAGUUGAAUCCGUUUUUCUCACUUGGCUGGAGGAUCUGUUGGUGCACACAUCCCAAUAAGUUGUAAAUACUUUUGUGUUUUUAGGGCUUCGUUUUGGCCUUUCUGUUGUUUCUUCAUUGGUUGUUGGAGCAAAGAGCAAUUUUGUUACUAUUGUGGAUGGUGUACACAUGCCACAUGUCAUAAAUAUAUUUUCCUGUAUAGAUGUUAAUCUUGAAGUGAGCUUUAUCAAUCCCACACUUCCACUCGCUGAAAUGAACAAGAAGAUCUUUGCUGAGAUUGAUCACUGCAACAGUUGUGUGGUAGAAAGGAUGUUAAAAACGUGCGAGUGUGGUAUGCUUGUGAGAAGUGGUUAUUGGAAUGCGUGGUGUUUUUAAUGUUAAUUAUUUGUUAUCUCACAAAGCUAAAGCUAGCAUCUGGGAAUGCUUACAAUUGCAGUGAUAGGUCAGGCAUGAGUUUAAAGGAAAAGAUGUAUUUUUUUAACGUUAUUUAGUUUUAAAAGUAAGAAUGUGGAGUGGCUGCUGACAUGAAAUAUUUGUGAUUGAUGACUUAACAAUCUUAAGUGUGUGUGUGAGAGAGAGAGAUUUGUUUUGAUUUCUCAGUUCCUUAUUUCCCUUUACAUUUGUUUGCUGCUUCUCUUUUUAUAAGUCAGAUGUCUGUAUAUGACUUGACAUGAUUUAUAUGAACAUAGUCUCCAUGAUUGUAACGAGUGUGUGUAAACGUGUCUGCUGCAUCAAAUUACAUUAAUCAAAGACAUUGAUAAUACUGUUCUACUCAUUGAUAGUCUGUCCUUUUGUCUAACAGCUCACCCAGGUGGUUUGGAGAAUAUAUUUACAGUUUAAAGCAGGUGCACCAAAGACUGUCUUUGUGUAUGUCAUACACAACACUUUGUUGUUACAAACAUCAUACAGCAAUACUGUAAAUUGCUUGUGCUCUGAAUCUUGUGUGAUGGCCAGAUGUUUUGGUGGAAAUGUUCAGAGGGACAUUAAAAUGUCUUUUCUAUGCCUAAAGAUGUUCUAUCAAAGCAAAAGCUGUAUUAUAUUCUUGGUUUAAGUUCUAUGUGACUGGUUGCAACACAGUAUAAGACAGAUUUAUGAAACCAAAGAAGGAAAGCCAUAUACAAACACAUAAUUAGGGCACUGCUCUGUAAGCCCUGCUGUUAAGAUAACGUGGUGUUUCUUCCUCAUACACAUAAUGGACACCAUUAUUUGAAUAUUAUUUGUCCUACUGUCUGCACUGUUUUUCAGCAUGGUUUCUGUCUCGGCUAUUAGCACCAUUUUACAAAGUCAAUAUCACCCAGUUGUCAUCUGUUCUUGUCUUGGUGGUUUAUAGAUGGUGUAUAAAGGUUAUGAACUUGUGUUGUUUUCAAAGAUAGCCCUAUAUGUGACAGAUAGUCAGUCAGAUGUUACCCGUAUGCAGAAGGAGGGGUGGUGAGAUAGGUAAUGAUGCUGUGAACUUGCAGUAUGAGGGUGAGCACAGUUUCAGCCUUAACAACUAGCUAGACCUAUAAUCAAGAGGCCUUUCCUGUCAUUGCAAGCUUGUCUCAUCUCGGUCAUGUUGCCCAGUGUUUGAUGUAAAUGACAGUCUGCCCCCGUCUUUCUCUCCUGUGAAAUUGUUUUCAAAGGUGCUUCUGCAGUCUGUAUGGUAUGAUUGUCCUCUUUUCAGCAAGCAAUGUUUGUGUGUAUGAAAGAUACAAAUAUGUCUACAGUGUAACAAUGCAGGUAUAAUUUAUGUAAAUAUGUUUUAAAAUAUGUACAAUAUUUAAAUAAAGAAUCCAGUAUUUAUACUAAA